GCAGCAGUGGGCUAGCAGGUGGGCGAUGGGCGGACUAACCAUGUAUGUGCCCACAGGAGGGGCCGGUGGGAUGGGCGGUCGGCGAGAGAGCCGCCCACUUCGGGCACGAACCCUACCAGAAGGAGGCCCGCAGGAGUGUGUGUGUACGGGGCGGGCAGUGCCGGGACUGGGGGGUGCUGAGCCGGCUGCAGCCCCUGCGUGUUGGGUUCUCUCCUCUGAUGCCCCUCUACCCACUGGAGGUGCUGGCUGACAGGAGGUGCUCCACCCCCCAGAACAAGUCACGACAGACGAGUGUACACCUGGGCUCGCUGUGUACCGGAGACGUCAAACGCAGGCGCAAGACGGCAGCCCUGCCCACCGCCACCGCCUCAGCUGCAUCGUGCCACCAUAGAGAGGAAGAGGGCCGGAGUCCUGAGCAAGCGAGCAGCAAGAGCUCAGCCUGCAUGGAGUGGGCGGAGGGUGAGAGCAGGGCGGGCGAGGGCACUCAGGGCACCGAGCUUGCUGAGCCGGUGAACACUCUGGUGCCUGUGCCCCCGGUGGUGGCUGCCCAGCUGUGAGGAGGCAGGACGGAGGGUGUGAACGUGGUACUGACCGUGGGGCGGCCAGUUUCUCCCUGCCCCCACCCUGGCAGAAGUCCAACAAGGGCAGAACUCUGGCUACUUCAUCUGCUGACCAUCCUCCUGUGGUGUCGUGCAGACCAGGACUGGCGGGAAUAGGAUUGGCAGAAGUCUCGUUGGAAACCUUCCUGACGAAUGCUCAGAUUCCUGCCCGAUUGAUUCACCCCACCCUGGCAAGGCUCAGGGACGGCAGCAUGGAUGGACUGACUGAAAGACACAGCCCGACCUGAAACGUCACCCAUCGAGUCUGAAGAAGGGUCCUGACCCAAAACAUCACCCAUCCUUUACUGCAGAGAUGCUGCCUGACCCACUGAGUGACUCCAGUCUAUCGUUGGAAACAG